AUCGCCGUGGAAGAGAACUGAGAGGGCCGGCUUGCGUCAGCGAGAUCGGGGAUCCGUGGACUUUGUCUCGGCUCUGAUAGAGAGAAUAGCCAUAUUGGCGGAGAAUGGGAGUGUAAGGGAAGGUCACAGCAGGUGAGUCAUCUCUACUAGAUAAGUGCUUUUUGGGGAAAUGCGUUUUUGCACGGCAGGAUUAUUUGCAGGCUGAGAAGAGAAGAGUGAGCAAGUGGGGAAAAGCCAUGGGUGGCGGAGGACAGCAGAAAGAGCCUGGUGCCGGCGGCGGCCGAGGGAGCAGUGGCGGCGGCGUGUACACAUGGGAGGAGGUGCAGAAGCAUUGCCACCGAACUGACAAAUGGCUGGUUAUCAACAGGAAAGUGUACAACAUCACCGAGUGGGCCAAGAGGCACCCGGGAGGCAUCCGGGUAAUCAGCCACUAUGCCGGCGAGGAUGCCACGGAUGCAUUUGAUGCAUUCCACCCAGAGCCAGACUUUGUUCGCAAAUUUCUGAAGCCGCUGCUGAUAGGGGAACUGUCCCCGUCGGAACCCAGUCAGGAUCACCCGAAAAAUGCAGUGAUUGUGCAGGAUUUCCGGGACCUGCGUGACCGUGUGGAGAAAGAGGGCCUCUUUCAUACAGACCCACUCUUCUUCUCUCUCUACCUUGGACAUAUCUUACUUCUCGAGGUCCUUGCUAUGCUGGUGCUGAGGACGUGGGGCACAGGAUGGAUGCAAACCAUUGUCUGUGUGGUGUUCUUGACCAUUUGCCAGUCCCAAGCUGGAUGGCUUCAGCAUGACUUCGGCCACCUGUCUGUCUUCAAAAAAUCACGUUGGAAUCACCUACUUCACAAGUUUGUCAUUGGACAUUUAAAGGGUGCAUCUGCAAACUGGUGGAACCACCGUCAUUUCCAGCAUCACGCCAAACCCAACAUCUUCAGCAAGGAUCCAGACGUAAACAUGCUGCACACAUUAGUGCUGGGGAAGACACAGCCAGUUGAGUAUGGGAUAAAGAAGCUGAAAUAUUUGCCUUACAAUCAUCAGCACCAAUACUUUUUCUUCAUUGGACCACCAUUGCUCAUCCCUGUGUAUUUCAACAUUCAGAUCAUGUACACAAUGCUGUCUCGCCGUGAUUGGGUGGACCUUGCAUGGGCCGCAACGUACUACUUGCGAUACUUUUACUGCUAUGUUCCCUAUUACGGAUUCCUUGGCUCCAUAGCACUUGUCACUUUUGUAAGGUUUCUGGAGAGUCACUGGUUUGUGUGGGUCACACAGAUGAACCACCUUCCUAUGAACAUUGAUUAUGACAAGAACCAGGACUGGCUGACCAUGCAACUUAUCUCCACCUGCAACAUCGAACAGUCAGCCUUCAACGACUGGUUUAGCGGACACCUUAACUUCCAGAUUGAACAUCAUCUGUUUCCCACCAUGCCCCGGCAUAACUAUUGGCGCGCUGCUCCGAUGGUGCGUGACGUGUGCAAGAAGCACGGCGUUCCAUACCAGGUCAAGUCCCUGUGGCGGGGUUGUGCCGACGUCGUGAGCUCUCUGAAGAUGUCUGGUGAAUUAUGGCUGGAUGCCUACCUCAACAAGUGAGCCCAGAGGCUAUUGGUGGGACGUUAUCGACCAUGUUUUUUUUUUUUUCCCCAAGAAGAAAGAUUCCAUUCAUGAAAGUGGCUUUAUAAAGUGUAACAACAUCCUAAUUUUGUUAAUAUGAUUGAUCUUUUGUAUCUAACAACUGUAGUUUUUCGUCUGUUUUUUUUUUUUGUGAUUGGAAACAAUGUAAGGGUCCAUUGACACUUGUAGAUGUCUCUAAUUCUCUGACAAUCUUCAUAAAGCUAGUGGAGGUUGAAGUAAAAAUGACUUCCCUGCAACAUUAGGACCUCAAUUAAGACCUCAAUUAGUUUCCUCACUAGAUGAAGGUGCCAUGGACAUAAACUAAUCUGACUGGUUAAUGCAGAUCAAGCCCCUUCAGGCCCAUCUUUUGUGCUGUAGUUGGCCUAUUUCAGGUCAUUUUCUCUGUAUAAAUGUGAGGACAGAUUCAGAAUGUCACUAUACUUUUUAAAAGAAUCAGCAAUUAAAAACAAAUAUGAAUUUGGAUGUCUGAGGGGAAACUUGAUUUUUAAGGAUGUUAAUGUGAGUAGUCAAAGAAAAAAACAAGUGCAUUGCAGAGGUGUUAUAUGGCUCUAACAAAUAAUGUAAUGCCUCUGCCACAUUGAGGACACUCAUUAAAACUGGAUGGAGUGCUGAAGGGGCAGCAGUUUGUCCCGUGCUAUGCAGUCCGCCUCAUCCUGCCUAAGUUGAGGCAAGGCUUUGUUGAUCCUAGAACACAUGUGGUAUACCGAGAUGCGAACACACACACGCACACAAUGGAAAAGCGAGGGCUUCAAAGUGCCACACAAAUGGAAGGUGAAAAUGGAGACUCUAAUCUGGCCCCAUCUGUGCGUCUAGAGUCUCCUACCCUGGAAAUCCGAGGCAACUGUCACCCAUGGCCCCAUCCUUUGUAUUAUGAGACAAGUAAAUAUCAGGAACAUACAGUAAGACUUUUUAAUGUUUGUGGAUGAAGUGGUCUUUAAUAUUCAGCACGGGUCAAACCUACACACUGCCACACUAAGCAUUUUACUGGACAUUUUAAAGCUUAAAGACCUUAAUAAAUGACAAAACUUU